AUGUCCUCGAGCGAAUUGGAUAAAUUGCAAGCGGAUCGACCUGGCUAUGGCACAAGGAGUGUGCUGGAAGCUUCUUUUAAUAUGGUGAAUGCCACCGUAGGUGCCGGUGUGAUUGGGCUUCCGAUGGCUUUUCUACUUGCAGGAUUCGUGAAUGGUAUCCUUUUGCUGGUGUUUGUCGGCUUGAUGACCUUCUCCGCUAUCUAUGCCAUGGUGUUGGCUGGUCAGCGUAUGGGCGUCUACAAGCUUGCCACUCUUAGCGAAUGCGUCUUGGGCCGUUUUGGAUAUCAUCUCUCUAAUCUAAUGCUCUUUGUCCAAUCGGCAGGAAGCUGUAUCAGUUAUUUUAUCUUGGUUGCCGAUACUAUACCCGUACUACUUAACUUUUAUUUACCCCAAUUCUCUUUCAAUCGAGAGAUUGUUACCGUCAUUGUCAGCAUUGUUGUGAUCUUCCCAUUGAAUCUUCCACGUUCUAUCGGUGCCCUUGCUUCAUGGUCAACUUUUUCCGUAUUGCUGCUUCCGGUGAUGAUUCUCACAGUAUUGGUUCGUGCCCCUGCCUACUCGCCCCAACAUGAAGCGCCUAUGGAUAUCUUUGGCACCGAUCCCAUUGCAGCUGCUGGCAUCAUGUCCUUCGCCUUUGUGUGCUCACAAGUGGCCUUUAACAACUUUUUAUCGCAACGCAAUCAAUCAACAACAGCAUGGGCCGCGACUUCGGGUCUUUCAACUUUGAUGAGUUGGUCUAUUUCUGUUACAUUUGCUCUUAUCGGAUACCUCAGCUUUGGCAAGGAUGUGCAAUCCAACAUUUUUUCCAACUUCCCAGCCGAUGACGACGUUAUCAAUGUGGGUCGAUUGGCUUUGGGUUUAUCCAUGGUGCUCACUGUACCUAUGGCAUUCUACCCAGCCCGUGAUGCGGUACAAAAAUCUCUCGGAUUUGAGACCGAGUAUCGUCAGCCAACAGCAGUGGAGCAUUAUGGCGUCACAACCAUCAUGUUUGUCAUCUUGCUUGCUUUUGGAAUCACUGUACACUCCCUUGGCAAGGUUUAUGCUGUUGUGGGUGGAUUGGCAUCCGCUUACUUGGCAUUUAUCAUGCCAUCGCUUUCCUAUUUACGUGCAUUCCGCCCAUCGUGGAUACGUCAACCUCCUGUCGAUGAAUGUGUUCCUUUGUUGCAAACUUCCUACAAGGAACCAAUGCCGAAGCCCACAUGGUGGCUCGAUGUGACAUCCAUCAUUCUCUUACUGUUUGGAUCCGUGAUCAUGCUUUUCACCGCCAUUAGUGCAUUCAAGUAA